CUGAAUUCGAGAAAAAGAGAAAAGAAACUGCACAAGCUGCUCUCGCGAUCCGCGUCUCCAGAGGAAGACUUCGUCGCUGCCUUUGACAGACGAACUUCUGUCGUUUGUUCUCCAUCGCGAUGAAACAGAGACGAACUCACGUCCUUCCGAAAAUCGCGAUCUUCUUCCAGCUCCGCUCUCUUCUUCUCUUCGCCUGUGUCGUCCUCUCCUCCGUCGUCUUUCUUUUUCCCCCUUCCUCUCUUUCUCUUGUUUGAUUCCUCUCUUUUUCUCUCCCUUCUUCUCCUACUCCUUUCUAACUCGGUCUUCCUUGUCAUUCCUCUGUGGCUCACCGUUCCGUGUCUUCGUGCUGGUGUGUGUGUGUUGGAGACUCUCUCUCGUUGCUUGUCCUGCUUUGUCUCCUUCCAGUGUCUCCUGCUGCAAAGUCUUCUUCUCCUUCUCCUCGUAGUCACUGCGUUCUCUUCUGCUUCUGGGUCGUUCUUCUCUUAUUUCUCUUCUUGGCACCGUUCGGUCCAUGUCCACCUUGUUUUUCUUCGUCUCGCGCUGUUCCUUCGCGCGUUUGUGAAUCUCGCCAAGUCUCGUCCGUGCAGUUCUCACAGGAUGUCUGCUUCCGUCCUCUAAUCGCGCCCCCUUUCUCCUUCUCGGUUGUCCCCACUCGUCCAUUUCUGUGUCCUUCUCCUCUCUCUGUCUUCUCGCUUCUCUGCCGCUGUGUCCGAUCUUCCUUUUCCUCGGCUCCUGUGCAUUCUGCAACAGUUUGCCAGCCGCCCCCGUCGUCUUCAAUUUUCCAGGACUUCCACUUUACAGGCUUUCCUGUCGCAGCGGCGGCGCGCUUCGCAGGCUCGAAUCCGCGGUGUCGAGACAGCAUGCAGAUACACCUCAAGCGCCGAAGGACUGGCGUGCUCAGCUGUAUGUACACUUGCGCGCGCUUUUCGGGUGCGAGGAUGCGGGCGUCGUGGUGAGGCGCGAUGCAUGCAAGGUAGUGUUUGGCUCCAACUCUUCUUUCUGCUUAGAAAACCAUGGGGAAUUCGCUGGGCGUCGACGUCACGGCUUGCACCGUCCGCGUCGUCUCUGUCGCCACAGCUCCCAGUACACCGAGGAGAGUCUCUGCUCCUUCUCCUGCGGCUUCCUGUCCUUUUUCGUCUUCUUCUGUCUCUUCUCCUCCUCUCUCUUCUUCUGAUGGUUCGCCUGCCCUCUUGGAGAGGCAGAGUGACUCGGAGAGGCUCUCCAAGGCCGAACCGCUGGACCGCGUCCAACAGAGACAGAAGGACUUCGUCCACGCAGUUCUCGCCUCUGUGCUUCCCGGAGCGGAGGUGCAGCGACUCGAGCACUCUCUCCCUUGCUCGCGCUGCAUGGAGACCAGCCAGCGCGAUGGGUGGCGUCGCGACAGAGACCCGCGGAGGCUGCAGAGAGAAUCGCGAGAGCGAAGAGAAGAGCGGACGGAACAGCGCAGCGGACGCAGAGGCAAUCGCGCGGUUUCGCCGGAGAGCAGGCAGGUCUUCUUCCAGGAACGACGGGGAUCGGGGAAGGCAAAGGACGAAGAGGUGGAGAGCAAGGAAACGCGAGCAGGAUACCGACGCCGACGGGGUGAAGAUGGAGAAGAGGUCGAGAGCGAAAGAAACAGAACCGUCUGUCAGUGUCCAUGCAACAGCGUGGUGUAUCUAUGGAGCAUGGAGUGGAAGGACAUGGACACUGUGCUGCCGCUCGCGCUUCCUUUCCUUGAAAAAAACUGUCACAUCGCCAUGACUGGGAACGGAUGCUUCGACCUUCAAAAACUCCUUCAAAAGCACCUCAUUAUGUACAUCUUCCCUUCUCUCUCUUCUCUCCCUGCCGCUGCCUCCUCUUCUGCUGCCUCCUCUUCUGCUUCCUCUUUUUGUUGUUCGUCCGCUUCGGCUGCUUCUGGCUGUGAAGUCGCUGAGGGGGAAGCGCCGAGAGCGAGAGAAUGGGAAGGCGGAACUGCAGCAGCAGCAGCACGAGCCGACGCGCCAGUUCCAGAGCGUCUUUCUUCGCUGGACGAGACGCCGAGAGCGCGAUGCGAGCAGUUCGAGUCCGGCGACUGCUUUUGCGUUCGUCGCCAGCCUUCUUCGACGCUCGAUUCGGACUCCGCAAUUGCGACGGCUCCUCUCUCCGCGCGUUCGCUCCCCGAGUGUGGGGCGAAGAGGGCAAAUGGUGCAGAGUCGGAAGAUCGCGGUGCGAGCGAAGCGACGGCUCUCGUGGCGCGUCGCCUGCAUGCAGAGAGUUUGGACGACCGACGUGAGAAGGCUCGGACUCUGACCAUCACUUUCGAGCGAGAGAGUGUGUGCAUCAUCGAGGCGCUCCACUUUCUGAUGCAGCACUUCCCCUCAACUGUUUUCCACUACGAAGGAACGCGUCAUGCGAUGAACGAGGCUCCUGCCGCAGGCCAAGAAGCCGACAACUUCCACGAGUGCCCGUUAACUCCCGAAGAGAGACGCGGAUUCUACCCUUACCUUCUCGUCAACUUAAAGGCAGGAGUCAGCUUCCAUAAGGUCCUCGCAAUGUCUUCCUCGAAAUCGCGUUUCCAAGGUUGCCAACGCUCACAUCUCCCUUCCUUCCCGGGGACCUCGCCCUACCGGUCUUUCGAUCCUCAUUCCUGUUCUCCCUCGUCUCGCGCUUCCUGUUCUUCCUCGUCUCGCGCUUCCUGUUCUUCCUCGUCUCGCGCUUCCUGUUCUCCCUCGUCUCGCGCUUCCUGUUCUCCCUCGUCUCGCGCUUCCUGUUCUUCCUCGUCUCGCGCUUCCUGUUCUCCCUCGUCUCGCGUUUCCUGUUCUUCCUCGUCGCGCGCUUCCUGUUCUCCCUCGUCUCGCGUUUCCUGUUCUUCCUCGUCGCGCGCUUCCUGUUCUCCCUCGUCUCGCGCUUCCUGUUCUCCCUCGUCUCGCGUUUCCUGUUCUUCCUCGUCGCGCGCUUCCUGUUCUCCCUCGUCUCGCGCUUCCUGUUCUUCUUCAUGUUCUCUCCGUCGUGGAGAGGACGUCGACGACGUAGCGCAGAGGACUGCGCGUUGGUGGCGACGGCGUUCCUCUUCAGGAUUUCCCCUCUCUUGGCAUGCGGCGUCUUCUCGCGCGGAACCCUUCUUCACGAGUCAACGAAUUGGAGGUUCCACAAUAGGAGGCGCCACUUUCAUGGGUCUCUGCAGACUGAUUCUUCCCGGAGAGCUGUCUCCGAAGAAUCUCCUCGAGUUGGCCGCGACGGGGGACAACCGAGUCUGUGACAUGCUCGUCCGCGACAUUUACGGAGGAAGCUACGAUGCCAUUGGCCUCAAGUCUUCGACGAUUGCCUCCACCUUUGGGAAGCUUCAGCACAUUCCAGUCAAGUAUUUGAAGGAGUACUCUCUUUCGACUGCGCGCGAGUCUGAGGAGGCCGAAGCGAGUCGCAGAGACGCGAAGCGGGGCGGGCAGACAGCCGCUUCUCAGGCUGAAAAUAAAGGUUUUCUGUCUCCUUCAACCUCGUGCUCUUCCCUGUGUGAAGCGCGACAAAGCCGAGCAUCUUCCAGUUCAACAGGGAGAUCUCCUGUUUCUUGCCUCACACAGGCGACAUCGCGCGGCUCUGUCAUCUCUCCUCCAGGAAAGGAAGCUCGCUGUUUUUCGUCGGCGGCGCGCAGGACAUUGCCCGUGGAGCAAAGGCGAGAAGAAGCCAGAGAGGCGGAAACGCAGUCGGAGGGAGAAGGAGAAGACCUGCGGACGCAGGGGAAAGCGAGGGGGGAGGUGUCAUGCGAGGCGCUAGCUGCAGCCCGGCGAAGCGGAGAGAACUCCAGAGAAAAGCAUGUCCGGACUUCGAGAUCCUCUCAACCAUGCCGCGGACGCUCUCGUGAAGGCGUGGUUGAAGCACCCACGGACGGAGCUGCAGGAGAAAAGCGAAAGGGAGACGAAGAAGACUUCGAAAACGAGGACAGACCACGAGGAGGAGACGGAGAGAGGCAAGACGAACGCGAAGAGGAAAGGGAAGAAGCAGCGGGGGUCCGGCAGGUCGAGACAGCUGCAGAUGGGUCGUUAAGGCAGAGAGAAAAGAACGCAGGUGACACACUUGCAGACCGGGGGAUGCAUCUUUGCAGGUUCGAAACGGCUCUGGAAAGCGCGAGAGACAUGGGUGUUGCCCGCUGGGAAGGAACGCGUCCCCGAGCCAUGCCUUCAUGUUCAGAAUGCGAUUGCUGCAUGCCUUGUGAAGAGUGGGAACACACUUGGGAGGACGACAGCUGGUCCUCGAGUGUAUUGGAGGACGAAGAGUGGGGUGAAGAAGGCCUCAGCGAUGCGACAGAGGACGAAGCCGAGGAAGAGCCGUGCACCGCGUCUUCCCUCUGCAGCGCCUGUCGGUGGCCGGCGCUUGAGGAGUCUGUCGAGCAGGAGAAGAGAGGACGAGGAGCGGAACUCAAGGCGCGCGAGAGAGACGGCGAGGCAAGCGCUGUCGAGAAAGUGCCGGGCCGCUUCGCCUCCUGCGACGCAGGGAAGGACAGGGAGGAUGUGGAGACAAUGCACGGAGAAAGACGAGGGGACAAAGUCCGCGACGGCCUAGUCUACAGACGACCAACUGGACCUGAUAUUGUCAGAUCUCUCUUGACUCUGAUGAGUUUCAACGUCGCCCAACAGGCCUACUUGCAUGCGACUCUCCACGGGCUAACCAGAAUCGCCCUCGUCGGCUUCCUGCUCGACGUCCCCGCCUUCCUCGCCUCUCUGCAACACUCCGUUCGCUUCUGGUCAAAAAAUCGAGUCAAAGUCUUCUUCUGCAGCUUGUCACCCUUCCUGGGAGCUCUGGGAGCGUCGCUGGCGCAUGCUCGCUUUUUAUUUGCCUCGCGCGGAGGCCACUCAGGUGUCUGUGGAGAGGCUUCUGCGUCGCCUUCCUCUCUUCCAGUUUCGGAGUUGUUGGCGGGCAAGUCGAAGAGCGAGAAGAGCCCAAGUUACUUGUCGACUUCUUGUUCGGCCUCGACGCGAACUUCCUCGCCGUUCUAUCCGUCUUCCGAGUACCGCGCGUGCUUCUCCCCGGCGAAGCGCGAGGUCUCUGCGCUCCUGUCGCGAACGCCGUCCUGUUUCUCCUCCCCCUUCAGUUCCUCGGCCUUCGCUGCUUCCUGGGCGUCGCGCGACGUCUGCACUGCGCCGGCUUCCGCCCAUCCAGCUGCGGGUCCCGCGGGUGCGAGGCUCCCAGCUGAGCAGCAGAGAGACGCGCGCGAGCGAGAAGUCCAGACGAGAAGAACCGCUAGACGCGUGGAUUCCUCUGCUUGCCUCUCGCGAGCAUGUCGCCGGGCCUCCUCUGCGCCGGUGCGUGCAAGAGGAGAAGAGACAGACGAGGGGGAAGACGAGGACGUUGCGGAAUCAACAGCGAGCCACUUUGACCGCAGAGCCGCGCCUGCCGUCGGCCUUCCUCACCUGUCUCCGCAAGCUGCGUUUACCUCUCCGUCCUCCUAUUCCUCUUCAACUGCGCUUUCUUCCUCCUCUUCGACUUUGCUUGUCCCCCUCCAGUGUGGGGCUGAUACACCUUGCUACGAGACGGAUGGGAGGGGAGGAGAGAGCAGCUUUUCGGCGCACAGGUCGUCCUUCUCCUCGCUGCUGCACGCGGUAGGAGGCGCGAACGAAGGGACUCUUUCUUCCGCGGCGUCUCCGCGGUGGAGCAUCGAGGCGUUCCCCUCCCCACAGUGUCUCCCGCCUCUGCUUCGGUCUCCGCAGCCGCCUUUCUCGCCCUCUACUCCGACGUCCUUCGUCCCGCAAGACGCACCCUUUCCUCCUGUCUCGCCGCGUCCUGUUCCCUCCUUCUUCCCCGCAGUGUCUCCGAAAGCACGGCCGACCUCCGGCGGCGCUUCGGCAACGUUGCACUCCUCGCCGUACGCCUUGCCGUUCGACGCGAUCGCCGAAGAGCCUCAGGAGGAGACGCACGCCGCUUCGCCGCUCCUUCUGCCUCAGCCGCUUCUGCCGCCUCCUCCGCCAUUUUUACCUCCUCUCGCCUCCUGCUUCCACGUUCUUCCUGCCAGAGAAGAGAGCGAGUGAACGACGAGGAACAGGUGGAAAGGCGUGCAGCGCGGAGAUGUCAAGAACGACGCCAUUUGCGCGAGCAAGAGAGGGUCGGAUAGAGCCACGAAGGAGACGUCACGGAGGAGGCAGAAGCGGGAGGUUGAGAUCGAGGUCAACCGAGAUCUGCAGUGCAAGGUUUAAACGUAAUUCGUUUCAGCGGGCAGGGAGCUUGGAACAGAGACGAGAGCCGGCAGGAGACGAGCGCAGAGAGAAUGGAGAGAUGUCCGAACGACGCUGCAGGAGGCCAGAGUUGGCGACAGAGCCGGAGAAAGAAGUGGAGGAAAGGCGAAGGAGCAGCGGAGCCCGGAGUGCUCUCGAGAGACACAGAUGUUAAAACUCGGGACGGGGGAUUUCUGUGGCUUUUCCAGGGUGUCAGAUCGCGAGGCUUUUUAGGGAAGCCUCGCGAUCUCUGGCGUGAUUUCUAGUCAGAAACGAAUCCAUUUUCAGUCACUGGUAAGGCAGUACGUCGACACAGAGAGGAGCGCAAAAGCUGCUCUCGGAAUCGCGUUCUGGUUCACCGGAAGCUGUAUGAACACUCGAAUCGACUGUGUCCAGCCGGUCCGGUGGUCACACACAACGAGAGCCUCCACUUCGAACAAGGAAAUGAGGCGACUCUUGUGCAACGAAGCAAAGGUGAACAAGAUCCUCUUGAGUUUCCGUUUUUGUCCGCUUACAAUGAAAUAACCGGUACCCUGGUGUGAUCUGUUUGUAGCCGGCUGAUGACUUCUCUAGGAACUUUGAGACUUCAAAAAGCAAAGGCGCACACAUAUAUCUCUGCAGGGGACGAUAAACCGAACGAAGAGGCCGUUGCCGCUCUGUGGGUGUCUCCCCCCUCCUGCC